CGCGACGCGUGUAAUCCGCCACACCUACCUCAGCCACCGUCCACUCCCUCCAGCUUCUUGCUCCGUUCCUUGAUCCCUAUCAGCCAUGGAUGUCGAUAUCAUUGAUAAUGAUUCUCAAGAGCCACCAUCUUACCUCACCAAAUCAGCUGGGAAACGGCCUCUGAAGGUUGUGGUGGACGAGUCGCACCCGCUUGAGCUCGAGGCGUAUCUCAGCAGCUACUCAGGACGCGCACAUGUCGACCGGGUGCUGCACAUCAUGUCUGUGUGUCCAACCCUCGCGCCACAGGCUCUCCAGCUCGCGAUCACGGAGGCCUUGAGCGGGCGGGACCCCAACAUGUACCGGUCCAUCUUCCUGGGAUACGAGCGUGCGCACUCUGAAGCCCCAGAGGAGAUCCCGGAGCUGUCUGCGCUCGCGACGCCCGAUCAGCAAUGGCUGGAAGAGACCUCCGCGAAGAAUCAGGCGGAGCGGACGAAGCUGGAGGUCGAACUCAAGACGUACACGAGCAAUAUGAUCAAAGAGAGCAUACGGAUGGCACAUCGGGAUCUAGGAGACUUCUACCGGUCUACUGGCGAGCAGAACGCAGCUCUCAAACACUACACCAAGUCCCGCGAAUUCUGCACUACAAGCCAGCAUGUGCUCGAUAUGUGCAUGUCCGUCAUUGAGCUUCUCAUGGAGCAGCGCAACUAUUCCCACAUUGCAACGUACGUCUUCAAGGCGGAGGCUGCGCUGGACUCGGCAAGCGUUGCGCGCGCAAACACUGGACCGGAAGCACCUGCAGGUUCCGCACAGGCAAGCAAGGAGAAGCGGAACGCAGAGCGCGAGAAGGUACAGACGAAGCUGGACGUGGCCGCGGCGCUAUCGCAUCUGGGCCAGAGCAACUACGAGAAGGCGGCGCAGACCUUCCUUAAGGCGGGUCCAGUGAAGGGUCUCGAGGAGUGGGCCGGCAAGAUCAUCGCGCCUGGAGACAUCGCCGUCUAUGCUACUCUGUGCGCUCUUGCGACCUUCACGCGCCCGGCCAUUCGCACGCAGAUCCUCGACAACGACAAUUUCGGCAUGUAUAUCGAGCAGGAGCCGUACGUCCGGGAACUCGUCGAAUCCUACAUGAACAACCGGUUCAAGAGCGUGUUGGAUAUCCUUGAUCGGUAUUCGACGCGCCACUACAUCGACAUUCACCUCUCCUCGCACGUCUUGAACUUGACGAACCUCAUCCGCAGCAAAGCACUCGUGCUCUACUUCCAGCCGUUCUCGUCGAUCAGGCUCGAGCGCAUGGGCCAGGCGUUUGGCUGGACCAUCGACGAGAUUGAGCAGCAGGUCGUCACGCUUAUCCAGGCCGGUGAGAUCAAGGCGCGCGUCGACAGGCAGAACAAGAUCCUGAAAGCGAAGGAGACCGACCAGCGGGCGGCACUCUUCGCGAAGGCGAUCAAGUCCGGACAGGACAUGCAGGCCGUGAACCGCAAGCUGCUUCUACGCAUGCGACUGCAACAAGCCGACCUCGUCGUGAAGCCGCCAAAGGGGCAGCAGCAGGGGCUGGGGCAGCAGCAAGGGCACAACUACGGCGGUGGCGGCGGCAGCGGCUUCCCGUCGGAGCUCUUGGUCGGCGAAUACUAACUGUUGAACAUCAAGCGAAGGAGGCCACAUCGGCGACCGCGGUCGUGUCCGUGUCGACGGAUCGGUGCUUGCGAAGUGUCCUGUGUAGAGUAUAGCGACGGGAGGGGUGUCCUUGUUCGACCAUGUGUACCAUUAGCGCUCUGAAUCAUGCAUAGGUGUCCU